GAAUAUGAAAAAAAUGAUCAACGUAUAGCACCGCAAAGUAAUUCACUAAAAAACGAACAAAGCAUAGAAAAAAUCAGUGAAAAGCCAAUGGCUUUGGAGAAAAAGGGCAAAAUCAAUGGGCUUCAUGGAAGUUUGUCGCAGUCGAAUGAAUUAGCUGAAGAACAAUUGCGUAAAACUAUAAAUGAACUCGUUGCAACGGAAGAAAAUUUCGUUAAAGAUAUUCGAAAGCUAGUUGAUCAAUAUCUUAAACCAACAAACUUACCUAUAUUGCAAACAGCUGGUCGUCUUCUUCGGGUGCAAACCUCCUUUUUAUUUGCGCUUCGUGAUGCCGCAGGUGAUGUUGUACAUAAAUCCGAUGUUCCACCGGAACAAUUAAGGGACUCUUUAAUUCGUGUUUCAACUUUAUUCAUCAACAAAUGCAAUAAAUUUAAAAUAUACAGCGAUUAUUCAGCUGCUUAUUUGCGUUUUCAACAAAACAAAAAACCAAAUAGAGAAACUGAAGAAUUGUUGAACAAAAAUAACUUAAGUGGCGAACAAAGUGAUAGUGCUCAGUCGUUGCUAAUAAAGCCAAUACAAAGAGUUCUUAAAUAUCCUUUAUUUAUCCAACAGAUUAAGGAUAAUUGUUUAAAUGGCAGCGUUGAAAAGCAACAAGCUGAACAAGCACUACGACGAAUGCAUGCACUUGCCGAUUACGUUAACGAAAUGCAAAGAAUUACCGAACAGUAUGGACCUAUUAUCGAUGAAAUUUCAAUGAAACAUUCAGCUGAAACUCAUAUGAAUUUGAGUGAAUUGUUAAUGUUUGCAAAUGUGAAUUGGCUUAAUUAUACAGAAAAUCGUUCGCGACCGGUCGCUUGCGUUGCUUUUGUUUUCAGCUCUUUAAUUUUCAUCUACUGUCCGAGUCUUUCAAAGCAUAAGAAUCGUUUGUACCGAAUUUUGCCGAUAAACGAAAUCGAAGUUAAUGAAAAUAUUACGAAUUCGAAGGAAUCACAAAUAUUAUUUGUUUUAAUACAUAUUAAAAAAUCACAAGAAACAAUUUAUCAUUUUUGCUGCUUCGAUUCAGAAAUAAAGAAUCAUUUCAUUAAAUCUAUAAGAAAAGCUGCUGCUGCCUCUGCUACUGCCAAUUCUACUAAUAACACUAUUGCUGAUGUGUAA